UCUUGGCCAUGUCACCCUGUAGAAGCCGGAACAGCACUGUGUGGACCGCUGACAGCUCUGAAAGCUCGUGCAACUGCUCAGACUCCACAUUCGCGUUUAUAAAUACAUGUAGAUAUUUAAAUUCAUUUCGGAACUGCGGUGUGACAAUGGGGGCCAAUAACAGUACCCGCCGAGUGUCAUUUGAGUCUGACGAGAAUGAGAAUGUAACAGUGGUGAAGGGCAUCAGGCUCUCGGAGAACGUCAUCAACCGAAUGCGAGAACCUUCUAUGGCCUCUCGUCCAAAGCCUGUUCCUCCUCCUCCUAUUCACCCCGACCCCGCCUUUGCUCCUCCACCUGCUCCGUUUGCCACAGAGACCGUAGCACCGCUUCCUUCUCCUCCUCAAGCCGAGCAGGUAGAAGCGCCCACCGUCAUUGACAUGGUGCUCCCCUCCACCUCUUUGCCCGCAGUUGCGCCUCCUGCUGAUGAGCCGGCACCGGCUCCUGCUGUUGAGCCGUCAGUGGCCGAGUCGGGAUCUUCCGCUCCUGUCACAGAGUCCUGUCAAGUAGCAUCACCACCACCGCCACCUCCUGCUGCUGCACCGGGAAUUGAUGAAGAAGCCCUGAAGAAAAGGAUCAGUGAAGAGCUGUAUGAAGGCUUGGAGAAGCAGAGGGUCAAGGCAGAGCAAGACUUGAAGGCUUGGCUGGAGGCAGAGAAGUCCCGCGCAUCGGCCCAAGCCCAGGCCGAUGCUAAGCGCCACGUGGAGGACGAGGUUUCCCGCAUUCUGUCAGCGGAAUCCGCUGUGUCCCAGGAGAGCAUCCAGCAGGCGGCCAUGAGGGAGCGCAUCGCUGCCGAAGAGGAAAAGCGCCGCGCUCAGCUCUAUGCUAAGCAGCUGGAGGCUAAAGAGGCCGACCUAAACAAGCAGGAUGCUUUCUACAGAGAGCAGGUGGCUCGGAUGGAAGAGAGGAGUGCUCAGUCCUACAAGGUCACCACAGAGAACUACCAUGAAGCCGCUGACAAAGUCAAUGCUAAGUUCAAGCGCUAUGACACGUAUCCGGUGUGCACUGACUUGCAGGGCCAGAUCCUUGCGUGCUAUAGAGAAAAUGCUGGCAAAACCCUCCAUUGCUCCAACAUAGCAGCCAUGUACCUGCAGUGUGUCAACAAUGCCAAACAGACCAAGUUGAGGACUGGGGGUUAAGGAAGAAAGGGAAUACGAAUGGCGGCACAAUCAAGUGUUCAUUGUGUGGGAUUAUUGAUUAUUGACCGACCGACAAGCUGCAAAAAGACCAAGAAAGAGAAGAAUGAGUCAGCGCUGAGAUGCACACCUGUAAAAGACACUCAGAUCCAAAGCCCUGUCCUGUGUCUCCCCUGUGGAAGUAGCAUGGAGGCAGUUACACUUUCCCCAUUUGAGGCCUUAGUAGGAAAAAGAUGCUACUUCACAAGCACACAAUGGAAGCUAGCUACAAGCCAUACCUGAGCUCCUCCCAUCCUCACGUUCUACAUCACCCAUAGGAAAGUAUUUUUGCAAAACAGUCCUGUCUUGAUGUCAUAAUUCUAUGCACUACCUUGUACCCAUUUACACAUUUCCACAUCUGUGUUGUGCUAUGUCUUAUUAAUGGAUUUCUCCAAACCACAAUGUGAUCAGAGGAAAAUAAAAGAUGCUGCAACUGUUGUUGAA